GGCAGCGGAGCUGGGCGGCUCUGGCACCGGCACUCGCAGCACAGCCGCCCGCCAGCCAGCAGCCACCGCCCAGCAUGGCUGAGAAACCCCAAAUCCAGCUCUUCGUCAAGGCAAGCGAGGAUGCGGAGAGCGUGGGCAACUGCCCCUUUUGCCAGCGGCUCUUCAUGGUGCUGCUGCUCAAAGGGGUGCCCUUCACCCUCACCACCGUGGACAUGAAGAGGGCACUGGACGUGCUGAAGGACUUCGCCCCAGGGGCCCAGCUGCCCGUGCUGCUCUACAAUGGCGAACCCAAGACCGACACCAGCACUAUUGAGGACUUCCUGGAGGAGCAGCUGAGGCCUCCCGCGUUCCCCAGCCUCGUCCCGCGGUACAAGGAGUCCAGGUUGGCCGGGAACGACGUCUUCCACAAGUUCUCCACCUUCAUCAAGAACCUGGUGCCUGCCCAGGAUGAGGUGCUGCAGCGGAGCCUGCUGAAGGCCCUCUUGAAGCUGGAUGACUACCUGAAAGCCCCCCUGGAGCACGAGCUGGCCCGCGACCCGCGCCUCCCAGUCUCGCAGCGCCGCUUCCUGGACGGCGACCAGCUCACGUUAGCUGACUGCAACCUGCUGCCCAAACUCAACAUCGUUCAGGUCGUGUGCCAGCAUUACCGCCGCUUUGGGAUCCCCAAGGACCUGCAGGGCGUGUGGCGCUACCUCAACAACGCCAAGGAAACCAAGGAAUUCAAAUACACCUGCCCCAACGAUGAGGAGAUAGUGCAGGCCUAUCGCUCCGUGGUCCGGCCUCCGCAGUAAGCCGGGCAAAUGCCCAGGUGGGCACGGGGCCAGGGUUGGGCAGCAGGCGAGCGCUAGCCCCAAUCCUGCCCCGACCACCGCAGCCCUUCCUACAAACAGGAAGGUAGAAGGCAUGAGCUAUGCCAUGGGCACCCAAAUUCCCCCAGCUGGCACCCCUGCCUGAGGUGCCGGCAGCACACCGCAUUGUACCGAGCCCACCAGUGGGUUCUCACUUCUUGCGUCAUGCUUCCCUCCUGGCCAGGACCCUCUCAACCUGCCCUGCAACCCCGCAAGCACCAGGAUUGGUGCCAGGGAGCCUCAGCUGUGGACACCAUCUAUAACAAACCUGCAUAGUGCCCAGGGUAACAGCAGGAGCAGAUCCUCAUGCUGGGAAGGAAAAGCUGCCCAGAGCAGAGGGCUAUGCAGCUCUGUGCAGCAGCUAUCCCUGCAGCCUCCCUUGGAGGCACACCUUGCCACCCUCAGCACGUGUGACUCAGUGACAGGAGUCAGCAGCCAUUUCAGGAUACCAACGAGGAGCAGCACAGGGUCAGGGGAACUGGCACAGCCAUGCAGAGCCCCAGGAACAGAGCCGGGGGGAUGCAGAGGGUAGUGGGCAUGGCACUGUCCCAGGUCCCCAUGCUCUGGGGUAGGGGAGCAGAGAGCACCAUCCCCCUAGAACCCACCGUUAGGAAGCUCUUGGGAGCAGAUUUGGGACAGGAAUGGGGGCAAAGUGGGGAAAGUCAAAGCCAUGUAUCACAGCAGCUGGAAAUUAAUAAAAGCUUGGCAAGCGAGA